AUGUCAGAUGAUGCUUCAGUUCCUUCACGGCCAGCCUCACCCGUAGCAGAACUCCCUAACUUCUCCCAUGUACGCCCUUACCGAUUCACUUGGGAUCCAUCUACGCGCAAACCAGGACCAGCGAGUGUGUCAGGAACCACUGAGGGUCGCGGAGACUACUUCGGGGACGCAUCUCCGUAUGAGCUGUACAACCACUCGUCGUUAUCAUCAUUGCCUCUCGGUGCCCUUCCCCCAGACUGGAGUAGCGCAAGGCAUGGUUUCCAUGCAAUAUCCACGGUUGUGAACAGUCCUCAUAAGCGAUCAGCACCGCCCAAGGCGCAUUCAAGCCUCCCCGCCGUGCCCCCCGCAGAGUUGCCGCGCGUCCGUCGGAAGGAUUUCGACCCCUACCUCAGUUCGGUUGGCACCGAAUGGGAGCGAUUUCAGAAGAACGCGGAGCAGGGGCGCGAAGGCGCUGCACAGAUACCUUCGGCCUUCGCGUCUUCAUCGAGUUCUGAGCUUCCGGGGACACCGCUGACACCCAGAAUACCCGCCGGCCGCGCAAUCCCUCCGCUGGAGAGUGUGCCAUCCGUGUUUUUUGAGCCCGAAUUCAACCUUGGCGACCCUCGAACUUUCAACGCCGUCACAGAGCAGGGCGAUGGGACCGACGCGUCUCCGGAGUCUGACCCCUCAUCUCUCUCGUACUCUCUUCCGCUGCUCGAGAAGCUUUCGCAUCAUGCCGAUACAAUCGAGCAACACUUGGUUCGCGAGAUCUCGGUGCGCUCGACGUCUUUCUUUGCGGCCCUUUCGAACCUGCAAGACCUGCAGACCGAGUCUGAGCAGUGCCUCGAUCGCAUCGCGAAGCUCCGUGGGCUGCUCAAGGAGGUAGACGAGAAGGGUGCACACCGCGGUCUUGAGGUCGUGCGGAAGGAGGCUAGGCUGCGGAAUAUGGAAGCGGUCCGCGAGGGCGUGAGGUUCGUCGGCGGCGUCGUCGAGAUGACCGGAGUCGCCAAGAGCUUGGUUGCGGCAGGCCAGUGGGGUGAGGCUCUGGAUGUUAUUGACGAACUAGAUCGGUUAUGGGAGGCCGAUGCGCCCAACAAGCUGGUGGAAGAUCGCGCAACGCCCCAACCGCCGCCGGUGCCCUCACGAGAGCGAAGUCGAUCACCUCUACCACCCGUGCCCGAAUCACCGCCAGAAAGCCCCGGUCUGACGUCUGCAGAUACACCCCGGAAACCAUCUUUCAAUGUACCUCUGUCGUCAUUAAGAGCAUUCGCGUCGCUACCAGAGCAUCUGAGGACGCUGACAAUGCAGAUCACAUCAUCCCUGACAUCCGAAUUUGUGAACGUCCUCCGCCUUGACCUGGUAGAGCGCAUCGAUGCGGAUGGCUCUGGUGACCAGGACAAGGAGAAAGACCGCAACAUGUCCUUGAAGGACAGAUUGCGGCCGCUUCUGCAGUCUCUGGCACGGACAAAGGGGGUGCGAGAAGCCGCAGCGUCGUGGCGAGAAGUGGUCAUGGCGGAAGUUCGCAGUAUGCUCAGGCGACGAAUACCGGCAUCCAACGUGGAGGACGAUGAAGCAUCGUCGUCAGGGUCGGAAGUCGUAAAUGAACUGCGAGCGAUGUCGCACGCAGCCUUCAUGGAUCUGGCCCAUGUGAUGUAUGGGAGCCUCAUGCGGUGUAUUGAGGGACUCAACUGGCAGAACGCUAUUAUUCUGGAGGUUCUGCAGUCUAUCCGAUCUCCCAAAGCUGCCAUCGAUAGCCCAAUCCUACAAGAGGAACUGUCGGGAAUCCUGUCUUCAGCAUCCGAACUUGCGCAUGUUCGGGCUUCCAGGGUGGUCGCGCUGCGGGCUGAGCAGCAUGCAGCGCUUGAUCUUCCCAGCUUCUGUGCCCUGUUCAAUGAAUCGUGGACCUUCGUGAUUGAAACGGAGAAGAUUUGCCGACGGAUGAUCGUAGGUCUAAGGGGCACCGUUGUCAGCCAGGCAAAGAGCUUCCUACAGACCUACCAUCAAGCGCAGAUCUCCCACUCCGCAAAGCUGGUCGAAGACGAGCAAUGGAAUGCAGCAGAGGUGGCACCCUCAGUUCAGAGGCUAGUCGACCUGCUUGUGGAUGCUUCCAUAUCAGACCCUCCAGAACUGCUGCUCAACCGCGGCCCCCCUAUGUCGCCUCUCCCGAACUCCCCCGCCCCUCCAUCCCCCGGACUGUCUCCGAAUGGCAUCACCGCGCCCCCACACCGUCCUUCAUCUCCCCUCCCCUCUCCGGCAUUCCCACUUACCCGCCCGCAGUCUUCGCACCAGAGUCCACGCAGAGUGGCUGCUGGCCCCUCGAAGCAUCUGCGCAUCGAGGACCGAAGCUACUUCGCGGUGUCGGCCACGCUGGAGGUGCUCGUGCUUCUGGUGGACUACCUGAAGAUCGUCGCGAACCUCGAGAUGCUCACGACGGAGACGAUGAGCCGCGUCAUCGAGCUGCUCAAGUCGUUCAACUCGCGAACGUGCCAGGUCGUGCUGGGCGCGGGCGCUAUGCGCUCCGCAGGGCUGAAGAACAUUACCGCGAGACAUCUGGCGCUUGCGUCCCAAUCGCUGUCGAUCGUGAUCUCGCUCGUUCCGUACAUCCGAGAAACGUUCCGGCGACACCUGAGCCAAAGACAGGCUGUUAUGCUCGUAGAGUUUGACAAGCUCAAGCGGGACUACCAAGAACACCAGAACGAGAUACAUCAGAAGCUGAUUGCUAUAAUGGGCGAUCGCCUCAGUGCCCAUAUCAAGAGUCUGCAGUGGUCACAAACGUCGCUGAUACGGAGACUGAUUCGUCGGGUGUUUUAG